CCUGAGGCUGUGCUUUUAUGGGAUCCAGCCCUUUUGGCCGGGAUUUUCCUGGGGCUGUGAUUUUGUGGGAUGCAGCCCCGUGCCGGGUGGGCAGCAGUGCCGGGGCCGCUCCCCAAUCCCGGCGCGAUUCCCGGCGCGUUUCCCGCCGUAUUUCCCGCCGUGUUUCCCGGUGUGAUUCCCGGCGUUCCCAGGUGAAGGUGCUGACCGUGGAGAAGAAGGUGAACGAGAUCCUGAACCGGCUGGAGAAGACGAAGGUGGAGCGGUUCCCGGACCUGGCGGCCGAGCGGGAGGCGCGGGACCGGGAGGAGCGGAACGAGAAGAAGGCCCAGAUCCAGGAGAUGAAGAGGAGGGAGAAGGAGGAGCUGAAGAAGAAGAAGGAGCUGGAGGAGCUGAGGAGCUACUCCUCCCUGAUGAAGGCAGAGAACAUGUCCUCCAACCAGGAUGGCAACGACUCCGACGACUUCAUGUGAGCGGAGCCGCUCCCGCCCGGCCCCGCCGCUCCAAUGCCAAAAAAAACAUCCCAAAAAAACCGGCCUGGGAGCCCCUUCCCUCCCGGCUCCGGGCCAGGGACACCCUCUGGAAGGAGCAGCCGGAUCCCUGGGAUGGCCUCCAGCCCCCCGUGGUUUUCCCAAAGACAGUGGUAUUUAUUUUGGGGAAGGGAUCCCGGGGGCUGGGCCGUGGCCCCGGGGCCCUGCUGGAGCUGCUGCUGCCUCUGGAAUUCCGCUCUUCCCGCUGGGAAUCGCCGGGAAAACCGGAGGGGGGGGAUCCCUCCGUGACAAAGGGAGGGGUGGGAAAAAUCGGGAUGAGCUCGGUGGUGGCUCCUGGAUAAACCUGGUGGUGGAGAUCCAGCUCUGAUUCCCGCCCCCGAACCCCCUGGAAUUCCAAUGUGUUCCCGCUUGGAAUCCUCCUCUGGAGGGAGGGGUGGAAGGAGGAGGUUGAGUUUUCCACAGGAUUCACCAGGUGGAUCCUCCCACCUGGGCAUUCCAUGGGGUUUGUGGGGGGGGAAUCCCUGGAUAAUCCCGGUGUACAUAUCCCCAUUAAACUGGUGCCAUGCAGGCGACA